AUGAAGAAGUCACGUAUACCUGAACCUCUAACUGGGUACGGUAUCGGUAGGGAAGUCGCAGUCUGGACAAUCAAUGCCGCUAGGAAUGGUUUCCUAGCGCCACUGCAUGGCUUUAGCCACUUUUACCAAACCAAUAGCCAAUCUAGAAUUGAGUGGCGUCCUGUGCCUACGGGUAAGGCUAGCGCUGAUCAUGCAUACCACCCACAUACCAUCAUCCUGCUCCCCCAUCGCGUCAUAAUAUAUCUCGUUGAAUCCGCGUACCUGAGGGUUACCUGGCGAAUUUAUAUACUACUGGCCAGAAUUCUGUAUACCCUAGCCGUCUAG